UCUCUUUCUCUCUGAUAAUUCUUUAGGAUUUCUGGUCAGUUUUGUCUGAGAUAUAGUUAUAACAUAUUAUCUUUGGUUACUCUCUCUGUGGCAUAUUGUCUCCAACCUUUUAUUCUCAAACUUCCCAUAUCAUUUUGGUUCAGACAUAUCAACUGUAAUAACCGCAUGUGGGGAGGCCGAGGCGGGUGUAUCAUGAGGUCAGGAGUUCAAGGCCAGCCUGACCAAGAUGGUGAAAUCCCAUCUCUACUAAAAAUACAGAAAUUAGCCAGGCGUGGUGGCGGGCUGUAACCCACAUGGACCUAUGGGACUGAACAAAUGGGGGCGAACGCGGGAAUAAAGACAAGAGACAAAAGAGUAUAUUUGGAAGAAGGGGUCAGGGAGCACCUUGCCUCUAGUGGACAAGGGCCCUGAGCUUUACACAGCCCUCUGUAUUUAUUAGGCACAAGAGAUAGGAGGGUGGGGGGUGGAAGAAGGGGUCAGCUUCUCAGUUCAGAGUAGCCUUGCAAGACUGCAUUCUCUAGAUGUCACAGUAGAUAACCUCUAGAUAACCUCGGUGCCAGGGAGUGAUUGCCUCCAGCAAACCUUCUGUCGGCAGGAGCAGUGGUGAGUUUGCUCACAUCUUGUAUUCAUAAUAAACAGUUUGCUGUUUGAUCAUAUAGCCUCCAGUGGAAUGCUGAGUUGGUCAUUUCCCACGGGGCUUCAUGUCCCACGGGGCUUCGGCUGCCUGCAUAUCCCCCUGUUUAUGAAUUAAUUGAAAGAAUGUAAGGCUGGGCUGGGCAGCUCUCAUUCUCCAAUUGGCGGUCCAUCCGAUUUUACAGACUAUAAACAGAAGACAGAGACAAAACAACAUUAUUCCAAGAACUACAUAUAAGAUGUUAAUGUGGUGCCUUAGAUAGGUCCAAGGGUUAAGGCUCUCCAGGCCUUCCUGGAAUUCGGUCCAGUCUUCUAAAGAAGGCUGAAAUUCUUGAGUUUGCCUAUUUAAAUCAAGAAUUUUGUUUUGUAAUUCACCAAUAUCACAGAUGAUGUUGGAUAUGAAAGCUCCCUGCAAAUGGGCUUUCACAAGGUCCCACAGAUACUCACUUUGGUUAUAUUCUGAGUUAGUUACGCAAAUAUGGGUGUGAUUAAAAUGACAGCGCAAUUGCUGCUGCAACUGCAAGCUUUGUACUUGUUCCCCUAACCACAGAACCGUGGAUUUUAACAUUGCCACUUCAGUUUGUAACUCAGUGUUAAUUUUAUUCUGAAGUAGCCUCGCUUGGUCAGCUGUGCAUGUCCAGUUCUCUACCUACCGGGCUGUUUGAAUAGAAUUAUGCAGAGUUACAGAAGAUAUCACAACAGAAGCUAUUAGUUUGACCAAGGAAACAAUAGCAAAAAUUAUGCCUAAGGCUCUACGGACACAGUGAGUAAGCUGAGUUAGAAGAAGUUUUACAAAAUGCAAAGCAGGUGUGGUAGCCCAAGGCUCAGACAGAUUAACAGGAAUCCAUAGCCCAGGGAUGCAACCAAAAAUAUCAAAGUAGACAUAUUAUGUGUUCACAAUGUGCUAUGAUUAAUGCAGUGAUAUAACUGGCAAGAUUUACAGGUCAAUUGGGUGUUGUUUACCUGAAGCUGGUCCUUCUUAGCUGCCAAAAAGGCAUAAGGAUUAAAAACACAAACUGUAAAUUGAGUGGUGCUAUUCUUUACAAAUGCAACAUUAAGACUUUGUUGCUUACUAUUGCUAUUAUUAGAUAGUGUUCCAAUCCAGAUGUUGCCAUUCAUAAAUGGGAGUGCCGCCUUCCAUAUAGUUUCUUGAAUUGGUCCUUUCCUCCCCAGAUAAUGCAACUGAGGAAGAGGUGGGCUAAAGCCUGCUCCAUGCCAAGCAAUCUGAGCAGCAGACUGGGAUUGGAUUCUGGUGUUGUGUAAAGAAGAAGCAUUAAAAGCUUGCCACCAAUGCCAGUGAAGUUUGUGCCAUGAUUUCUGACUUUCACCUUUUCCAUCUAAUUGACCUUUAGGUUCCCAAUCCACAAUGUCUCCAGUUGACAUAUAUUGUUUACUAGCCAGUGGAUCAAGACACUGGGUCCACGGAGUGGGGUAGGAACUAUUGAAUGGAAUCCAUUCUGUAUAAUCAGCACAGUUAGGGUGAUUGGACUGGGAAUGGUUGGUUAGCACACCAGUUACAUUAAUAGAACCAAGACUUAAUAAGUACAUAAUUUUUCCAUAGUGACUCAACCAUGUUUGAGCUUGAAUUGUAAGACAGCUAUGGCUGAGCGAUGUCUUUGUGGUGAUACACAAAGGGAGUCCUUCCAGUGGAGCGGUAUAAUUAAUGACAUUGUUCUGAGAGUCUGACUGUUCUAUGUCAGAGGGAGUGAGGGGUCCUGGAGCCCACUCUCCCUGAUCGUGAUAAAUCUCAGGAGGAGUGAGCUCCAAAGUAUAGGCCAUACUGCUGGGGGAUUGGGAACAUAUGCCCAAUAUGUUUUUGCCUGUGCACAGGGAAAACGUGGCGCACAGGACAUUAUGGCUAAGAUGGCCAAGAACGUGGAAUCAGGGGUUUUUGCCUGUCCCUGACACUCCAGUAGUUUCUCAGCUUCAUGCGUGGUUUUCUUGAGUUGUCCCCAGGUUAUGGGGGUUGAUGUCAUCGUGACUCUGGUUGGCCUUCUCUCCAUCUUUGCACUCAGGCUCAGCUGACUCAUAGCUUGUACAGGAGGGACCGGGCCCAUGGUUGGCCACCGUGUGUUUCUCCAGUCUCCCAUUCCGUGGUCGCACGCACCUUGAGGGCACCCACACGGCUUGUCCAUCUCCUGUAAACACACAAGCAUACCCUCUUCCCCAGGUCAGUAAAUCCACCGGGCCUUUCCAUUGUCCUCCUGCUGGGGAUUUCCAUAACACUUUCAGGUAAACUGCUUUUUUCCUCUAACACUUGCCAAUGUCUUUCUGCUGGAGUCUUAACCAUCCAUACCAGGAGUCAGAAAAUUUAAAGUAAAUAAGGCUAAAUGUAGUUUUGAUUGAGGUGGUAGUUGGCCUCUUAUACCCCCUUUUUGUCCUUUCAACAUGCAUUGUAAUGUUUGAUGUGCCCAUCGUAUAGAUAUUACUGACACAUCAGCCCCCGUAUCCAUAAACCCAUAAAAUUUCUUUCCUUUAAUUUGUACUACACAGGUAGGUCUAUUAGAGGCUAUGGGUUGGGAAAGAUAGAUUUCCCGUGUAGUUGUGCUCCCAAACCCUUUAUUUCCUUGUUUCUCUUUUCAUGGGGAAGGGUGUAAUUCACAGGGAAUAAGCAAUAAUGGAGCAAUAUAUUCUCCCAGUUCAAAAACCCAAAGAUCUUGUGACAUUAAAACUACCUGAAUUUCUCCUUCAUAAUCAGAGUCAGUCACUUCUGGGACUACAGUGAUGCCUUGCAAGUUAAGGCAGCUUUUACCUAAAAUUAGUCCUGUGUACCCUGUCAGUAAAGGUCCCCAAAUACCCAAAUAGGUUUGUCUCCCCUAACUAAUGUGAUUCUUUCUCUGGUGGGUAGAUCUAAUCCUGCACUUCCUGGUGUUCCUGGGUUGAGGGAAUCAAUGUGCCUCCAGGAACCCAUCCCUGAAGUGGGGUUGUGGUCUGCACUGGGAAUGCCCUCAUUGUUCGAGGGGUCUGGGUCCAGGCCCCCAUCUCGUUUACCGACGGGGUGCCAUUCUGAUGAAAUUUUGAGCAGCACUGGGUAGCCCAGUGAUUUCCUUUGUUACGGCGAGUACAGAGUCCUGGUGUUUUUUCUGCUAGGGAGUGAACUGCAUUGUAAUAUCCUUUCUGUCCUGAGAUCUGGCGGCAUUCCUUUUUUAAAUGUCCAGUUUUUCCACAAUUAUAACAUUUUCCCAUUUUAGGGUUUGACCCUUGGCUCCUUUUAGAUUAGUUAGCUGCUAAAUUAGCCAUUGCUUAUGCUAACUUUGCAGAUUGAUGAAGCUCAGUUCCUACAUCCUGACAAGCUCUGAGAAAAUUUCCCAAGCUUUUUGUACACCUCACUGGUGGCAGUGCACAUUUACAAUACACGUUUGCAUUCUCAAAAGCCAAAGUUAAGGUUAGCAUUUCUGCAGCAACAGUAUGAGGAAUCUGACGCUUCACUGCCUCUUGUAAUCUUGUAAGAAAUUGUGCAUAGGGUUCCUGCGACCCUUGCAUGAUAUGUAAAAAGGACUGUACUGGGACUCCCUCUUCAGGAUUGUGGCCCAGGCGUGUUUAGCGGCCUGUGCACACUGCUGAUAAGCAGCAUCUGGGAGUGCCAUUUGACGUUCUACGUCUGAAUAAGGGCCACGACCUAACAGCAUAUCCUCUGUCAUGUCUCCGUAUCCAGCAACACGAUUCUGUUUAGCCUGGUCUGCAUACAUUUCUUGCCAAUUUAAAUUCCAUGUCAGAUAUGCACUAGCGGACAAGCAAGUUCGCGCCAAGUGUCUCACAUCGAAGGGUAAAAAACGCAUAGCACCAAACACAGAUUCUAGCAAUCCUAAGGUCAAUGGGCUCUUUAUGCCAUUAUUUACCACUCUCGCUUUUAAUUCCUUCAACAACUUAUACUCUAGUGGGGUGUGUUCAUGAAUAACCUGCUGUGGAUUAUUUGGAUCAGGCCUUAUGGAAAUAGGAAAAGCACAAUGUCCUAAGGGCUCUCCAGCUAUGGCAGCAGAGCAUUAAAUUCUUUGUAUUAGGGUUUCUAUUUCUGCCACCGAAGGAGGCAGUACAGAUGAUUCUACAACUGAAGGAGGCGGUAUAGGCCAAUUUUUAUCCUCCCUCUCCUGUUUUUUAUUUUUAAUUGGAGCUGUGGGUGGGUCAACAGAUUCUUUCAGAUCUUUAGAUUCAGCUUGCUGUCCUGCUGAAUAAUAAUGAGAUAAUGGCAGAAGUACAGUACGAACUAAACUCCAAGUGGAGAAAACAGAAGAAUCAACUUUAAGACCUUUUUGAUGAGCCUGUUUUAAUCCUUCUCCUGCUGUAUCCCAAUUUCCACAUCAAGAGUGCCUGCUUGUGGAAACCAUGGGUUAUGUGUAAUAACCUUUUGUGGCUUUUGCAGGAGGUUACUGUCUGCGAAUUAACCUGAGCUCCAGACUGUCUCAACAGAACUUUAAGCAACUGCACAUAAUGUUUUUCUUCAAGAGACAAAUUCUUUCCCUUGUUACCCUGAUUCAGAAAACUUCCCAGGACUUCUUUAAAGCAGCGCUCCCAGUACCUCUUUAGGGCACUGACCUUAUAUAUGCUGCCAGCAGACUCUUCCCAGGGUCCCUGUUCACCUUGUCCAUUUCAGUUCCUCUGCUCCAGCAGACCUUCUUCAUUCACGUCCUUGAAGUCCCAUGUUCAGAUGCUGCUCGUUGGGCGUCCUUGGAGUCCCUGUUCUGGGUUGCCAUUUGUAACCUGCACAGACCUAGGUGGACUAAACUAAGAGGGUUGAACGUGGGAACAAAGAUGAGACAAAAGAGUAUAUUUGGAAGAAGGGGUCAGGGGGCACUUUGCCUCUAGAGGACAAGGGCCCUGAGCUUUACACAGCCCUUCAUAUUUAUUAGGCAAAAAAGACAGUGAGAAAGGGGGAGGUGGAAGAAGGGGUCAGCUGCUCAGUCCAGAGUAGUCUUGCAAGACUGCAUUUUCUAGAUGUUGCAGUAGAUAACAGCGCCAGGGAGUGAUUGCCUCCAGCAAACCUUCUGUCAGCUGGAGCAGUCAUGAAUUUGCUGACAUCCUGUAUUCAUGAUAAACAGUUUGCUGUUUGAUCUAUAGCCUCCAGUGGAAUGCUGAGUUGGUCACAUCACACGGGCCUUCGGCUCCCUGCAGCAGGUGCCUGUAAACCCAGCUACUCAGAAGGCUAAGGCAGAGAAUUGCUUGAACCUGGGAGGCUGAGGUCACAGUGAGCCGAGAUUGCACCAUUGCACUCCAGCCUGGGCGACAGAGUGAGACUCUAUCUCAAAAAUUAAAAUAAAAUAAACCCCAGAUGUUAUUGGAUUUUAAUUUUUAAUCAUUCUGACAGUUUUGAGGUUCUGACUCCUCAGGAGCAAAAAACAUAACCUGAAGAGGGAGGAAGUGGAUUUGGGGUUCACCAUUUCUAGGGGCACACUUGAUUGAAGACUGAGACUUCUGAAGAGAAGGCCAGAAGAUACAAAGACAGACCAUCCCAGUUGAAUGCUGUCUUCCAAGAACAGAAGAAAAUGAUCCAGGCCCAGGAAUCCAUAACACUGGAGGAUGUGGCUGUGGACUUCACUUGGGAGGAGUGGCAACUCCUGGGUGCUGCUCAGAAGGACCUGUACCGGGACGUGAUGUUGGAGAACUACAGCAACCUGGUGGCAGUGGGGUAUCAAGCCAGCAAACCGGAUGCACUCUUCAAGUUGGAACAAGGAGAACAACCGUGGACAACUGAAGAUGGAAUCCACAGUGGAGCCUGUUCAGACAUGUGGAAAGUUGAUCAUGUGCUGGAGCACUUGCAGAGUGAAAGCCUGGUGAACAGAAGGAAACAAUGUCAUGAACAUGAUGCAUUUGAAAAUAUUGUUCAUUGCAGCAAAAGUCAGUUUCUGUUAGGGCAAAAUCAUGAUAUAUUUGACUUACAUGGAAAAAGUUUGAAAUCCAAUUUAGUUAACCAGAGCAAAGUCUAUGAAAUAAAGAACUCUGUUGAGUUUACUGGAAAUGGGGACUCCUUUCUUCAUGCUAACCAUGAACGAGUUCAUACUGCAAUUAAAUUCCCUGCAAGUCAAAAACUCAUCAGCACUAAGUCCCAAUUCAUCAGUCCCAAGCAUCAGAAAACACGAAAAUUAGAGAAGCAUCAUGUGUGCAGUGAAUGUGGGAAAGCUUUCAUCAAGAAGUCUUGGCUAACUGAUCACCAGGUAAUGCAUACAGGAGAGAAACCCCACAGAUGUAGUCUAUGUGAGAAAGCCUUCUCCAGAAAGUUCAUGCUCACUGAACAUCAGCGAACUCAUACAGGAGAAAAACCUUAUGAAUGCCCUGAAUGUGGCAAAGCCUUUCUCAAGAAAUCACGGCUCAACAUACAUCAGAAAACACAUACUGGAGAGAAACCCUAUAUAUGCAGUGAAUGUGGAAAAGGCUUCAUCCAGAAAGGAAAUCUCAUUGUACAUCAGCGAAUUCAUACAGGUGAGAAACCUUAUAUAUGCAAUGAAUGUGGAAAAGGCUUCAUUCAGAAGACUUGUCUCAUAGCACAUCAGAGAUUUCACACAGGAAAGACGCCCUUUGUGUGCAGUGAAUGUGGAAAAUCCUGUUCUCAGAAAUCAGGUCUCAUUAAACAUCAAAGAAUUCACACAGGAGAGAAACCCUUUGAAUGUAGUGAAUGUGGGAAAGCCUUUAGCACAAAGCAAAAGCUCAUUGUCCAUCAAAGGACUCAUACAGGAGAGAGACCCUAUGGCUGCAACGAGUGUGGGAAAGCGUUUGCGUAUAUGUCGUGUCUGGUUAAGCAUAAGAGAAUACACACAAGGGAGAAACAAGAGGCAGCCAGGGUGGAAAAUCCUCCUGCAGAGAGGCACAGCUCAUUACACACCAGUGAUGUCAUGCAGGAGAAAAACUCUGCUAACGGGGUGACUACACAAGUGCCUUCUGUGGCCCCUCAGACAUCAUUAAACAUCAGCGGCCUCCUUGCUAACAGGAACGUAGUCCUUGUGGGACAGCCAGUGGUCAGAUGUGCAGCCUCAGGAGAUAACAGAGGAUUUGCACAGGACAGAAACCUUGUGAAUGCAGUGAAUGUGGUUGUGCCUUCUGUGAUCAAUUAUGUCUUAUUUUAUGUUACAGAAAACCCAUAGGAAGAAAACUCAGAUCUAUGUGGAAAAGGGUUGAGCAAAAAUUUGUAGUUCAUUAUGUGGCCGAAAAGCACACACUGAGAGAAAAUGUAUAAGGCUGAGAUAGCCUGAUAAACUCAUCCUAUUUAAAUGUAUGCUGUGAUACACAGGCAAAAUCUGAUGUUAACCUAAGCACAUACACAGCAGUUGCUCGAUUGUCUCAAUUAAAUGAGUAAAGGAAGCCCAAGUACUUUUAAGUGGAGGAAAUGAAGUACUGUGAAUUUUUAAAAGAGAUGAGAUAAUUGGUGUUGGGAGUGUUGCAGUAAAGCUUCAUAAGGGGCGGUUGGUGGGAAAGGGCUGAUACUGGAAUGGUGGAAUGUGGGACACAUAUGUGUCAAUUCAGUUUCCUUAGAUCAGUGUGGAGGGUUAAUUGAAAACCAGGACCAUAAACUUUCAGAACUUUGUAUUACGCAGAGGGAUCUGUGAAACUAGUCAAUUUGUUUCAUUAAACAAAUAUUUUAAAAU